AAAAGCCCACAACUUCAAAACCCUAAUCACCGUCAAAACAAAUAACCCCUAAUUUUCUCUCUCAUCCAUUCUAUCUCAUCUCCACCCCCAUUUCAAUUUCUAGGGUUUCUGCCUUCUCCUCCAACAAUCUGCAAAAAUGGUGAACAUCCCAAAAGUGAAGAAAACCUACUGCAAGAACAAGGAAUGCAAGAAACACACAACCCACAAAGUCACCCAGUACAAGAAGGGUAAGGACAGCUUAGCGGCGCAAGGUAAGCGUCGUUACGAUCGCAAGCAAUCUGGUUAUGGAGGUCAGACUAAGCCCGUUUUCCACAAGAAGGCUAAGACUACCAAGAAGAUUGUUCUCAGGCUUCAAUGUCAGACUUGUAAGCACAUCUCUCAACACUCCAUUAAGCGUUGCAAGCACUUUGAGAUUGGUGGUGAUAAGAAGGGCAAGGGUACUACCCUGUUUUAGAUCUAUCGUUUUCUCUCUCCUCGCUUUUGUCCUGCGAAACUUGGAGGUUUAAUUUUAAUGGGUUUUAGUUUUUUUUUGGUAAUUUUCGUUUUUUUAUUUGCAAUUUUUGUUGGAGAUUUUGGUUUUGUAUGGAUCUAUUUCGUGAAAUCAAUCAGUUUGAACCUUUUAUAAUUA